AUGGACAGACGUACACCCUACACGCUGAGCGUGCUCGCUCCCAGCACUGACGGCGCCGAUGAAUCUCGCACACAAAUUCAAUCCAAGCUUAGGGAGUUUGUUCUAGAGUUCCAGCUGGACAAUGCCUUCAUCUACCGGGAUCAAUUACGCCAAAAUGUUCUCGUCAAACAUUAUUACUGCGACAUCGAUAUUGCCCACCUGAUUUCCUACAACGAAGAGUUGGCCCACAAGCUCACCACCGAACCUGCAGAUAUUAUCCCUCUGUUUGAGGCAGCUCUGCAGCAAUGUACUCAGCGAAUUGUCUAUCCCUCGCAACGAGAUAUCGUGCUUCCAACCCACCAACUUCUGCUCCACUCUUCAGCCACUCACAUCUCCAUUCGCGACCUGAAUGCAACGAAUAUCUCCCACCUUGUCCGUAUCCCAGGUAUCGUAAUCGGUGCCUCAACAAUAUCCUCCAAAGCAACGACCGUCCACAUUCGCUGCAAAUCUUGCGAUCACGCUGAGAAUAUCCGGGUCGAGGGUGGUUUCUCCGGCCUUACACUUCCAAGGCGGUGCGGUCGUGAGCGCCAACCCGGUGAAGAGCCCGACACCCAGUGCCCCCUUGACCCAUACGUUGUUGCCCACGAAAAGUCCCAGUUUGUGGAUCAGCAAGUGCUCAAGCUCCAAGAAGCCCCGGAUCAAGUUCCAGUAGGUGAACUGCCACGUCAUGUGCUUAUAUCCGCCGAUCGAUAUCUUGCCAACAGGGUUGUACCCGGCUCCCGCUGCACGGUGAUGGGUAUCUUCUCCAUCUAUCAAAAGGGAGGGAAGAAGGACGGUGCUGUAGCCAUUCGAAACCCCUAUCUGCGCGCGGUCGGUAUCACAACAGAUCUCGACCAUACCGCUAAGGGAAGUUAUAUCUUUUCAGAAGAAGAGGAGCAGGAGUUCCUUGAGCUUAGCCGACGCCCCGACCUAUACGAAGCUCUUGCGAGAAGCAUUGCCCCCUCAAUAUACGGAAACCUGGACAUCAAGAAGGCUAUCGUAUGUCUGCUCAUGGGAGGGUCAAAGAAGAUUCUUCCCGACGGCAUGAAGCUUCGUGGAGAUAUCAACGUUCUUCUCCUUGGUGACCCUGGUACUGCCAAAUCUCAACUGCUGAAGUUCACGGAAAAAGUUUCACCAAUCGCCAUCUACACCUCCGGUAAGGGUUCGUCCGCUGCUGGUCUUACGGCAUCCGUGCAACGGGACCCGGCCACACGUGAAUUCUAUCUGGAGGGAGGUGCCAUGGUUCUUGCAGACGGUGGUGUUGUCUGCAUCGAUGAGUUCGACAAGAUGCGAGAUGAAGACCGAGUAGCCAUUCACGAAGCCAUGGAACAGCAGACGAUCUCCAUCGCCAAAGCCGGUAUCACCACCAUCCUCAACUCUAGGACAUCUGUCUUAGCUGCAGCCAACCCCAUCUUCGGCCGAUACGACGACCUCAAGACUCCCGGUGAAAAUAUCGACUUCCAAACCACCAUUCUCUCCCGUUUCGAUAUGAUUUUCGUCGUCCGCGACGAUCAUGAACGCAGCCGGGAUGAGAACAUCGCCCGUCACGUCAUGGGAGUGCACAUGGGUGGCCGAGGCAUGGAGGAGCAGGUCGAGGCAGAGAUUCCCCUAGAGAAAAUGAAACGAUACAUUAGCUACUGUCGCAGCCGCUGCGCACCCCGUCUUUCACCCGAAGCGGCAGAAAAACUCUCGUCUCAUUUCGUUUCGAUCCGAAAGCAGGUCCACCGCGCCGAGCUCGACGCCAACGCCCGCUCCUCUAUCCCCAUAACUGUUCGUCAACUGGAAGCCAUUGUCCGUAUCACCGAGUCGCUGGCCAAGCUAAGUCUGCAGCCUAUAGCAACUGAAGCCCACGUUGAUGAAGCUAUUCGCCUCUUCCUCGCAUCAACAAUGGACGCCAUCACACAGGGUGAGGGCCAGGGCAGCAGAGAGAUGAUGGAGGAGGUUUCUAAGAUCGAAGACGAACUGAAGCGCCGUCUUCCUAUCGGAUGGAGCACCAGUCUUGCAACUCUGCGCCGCGAGUUUGUCGACGGCAGAGGAUACACCGAGCAAGCGCUGAACAGGGCGGUGAUUGUGUUGCAGCGCAGGGGGACGAUUCAGAUUCGAUCUGGAGGGUCACAGCAUCGGAACGAUACUUUGGUUUACGCACAGCGGGGUUAA